GUGCACCCCUUUCUCGCACGCGGCCGCACAGCAUCAUCAUCAUCAUCACCAUCAAUGUCAAACGACCUCUCGUGACUCCCACGCGCGCGCCCUAACGACAACAACUGGAGAGGCGCGUGAACGUGCAGCUCUGGUUAAAUGCCAUAUGUGACUCUCUCUCUUUCUCUCUCUGUGCGUGUGUGUGCACGCGCGCACUUGAUCUGGCGCGAGCUGGUCCAGCGCAGCGGCGGCGGCGGUCACACGUUCAACAUCAUCAGCACGCUGCAGAUUGGAGGGCUCGUGAGAUUUUCGGUGGCGCGGACUUGACCCACCGUGCAGGAGGGCGUUCGAGCUCCACGCACGGCACACACGCACGCACGCAGACCCGGUGAAGUCGUCACGCGGAUAGAAUCUGUGGAAUCUGUCGCGAGUGUUCUGACAGAGCGCGAGGUCCGCGGUCGGUCGGUCGGUCGGUGCUCGGUGCGGGACGGACGUUACCGCGUGGAGGCGGAGGCAGAGAGGGACCUGCGCUGGACCCCUCUGGCCGAAUCCGAGCAUCCCAGUCCCGGGCAGCGACAUCCAUCCCUCCGAGCCUCAGCUCCAGCGGGAGGCCGGGAGCGGCGGCAGGAUGUAGCGACGGAUUAACGGAGGAGAGAGGGGCGCUCAGAGGAAGAGAGCGGGACCAAGCGGACCGAGCGGGACGGAGGUGACAUGGGGAAGGACCAGGAGCUGCUCCAGGCCGUCAAGACCGAGGACUUGCUGACAGCUCAGCGGCUUCUACAGAGACCACGGCCGGGGAAAGCCAAGCUUCUCGGAGCAGCGAAGCGAGUGAACGUCAACAUCCAGGAUGCAGACGGGCUGUCGCCGCUGCACCACGCUGCUCUGAGCGGGAACAAGGAGCUGAUCUCACUGCUGCUAGAGGCCCAGGCGGCUGUGGAUAUCAAAGACCAUAAAGGAAUGCGUCCUCUGCAUUAUGCUGCAUGGCAGGGGAAAACUGAACCGAUGAAAAUGCUGCUGAAGGCUGGAUCGUCAGUCAACGGACAGUCAGACGAAGGACAGAUCCCGCUCCACCUGUCAGCUCAGCAUGGGCACUACGAUGGGUCAGAGAUGUUGCUGCAACACCAGUCCAACCCCUGCAUCUCAGACUCAGCCGGGAAAACUCCGCUAGACCUUGCUUGUGAAUUUGGACGAGUCAGUGUGGUCCAGCUCCUGCUCAGCAGUAACAUGUGUGCAGCCAUGUUGGAACCGAAACCCUCCGACCCCAACGGAGUGUCGCCGCUGCAUCUGGCUGCCAAGAACGGACACAUAGACGUCAUACGGUUGCUGAUUCAGGCCGGCAUAGACAUCAACAGACAGUCCGAGUCUGGCACGGCGCUACAUCAGGCUGCCCUCUGUGGGAAGACGGAGGUAGUUCGUCUGCUGCUGGAUAGUGGCAUCAGUGCUGGAGUGAGAAACACUCUGAGUCAAACUGCCCUGGACAUCGUAAACCAGUUCACCACCACACAGGCUAGUCGGGAGAUCAAACAGCUGCUGAGAGAUGCUUCGGCUGCGAUGCAAGUUCGAGCGCUGAAGGACUACUGCAACAACUACGACCUCACCAGCCUCAACAUCAAAGCUGGAGACAUUAUCACGGUUUUGGAGCAGCACUCUGACGGCCGAUGGAAAGGCUGCAUUCACGACAACCGAACUGGAAACGAUCGUGUGGGCUACUUCCCUUCCAACAUGGUGGAAGUCAUCAAGAGGGCAGGUCACUCCCCGUCCCAGCAGUGCCACACCCUCCUCCUCCGCAGGCCCAACCCCUGCCCCAUUGCCUCGGUCAACGGACACUCAUUCCCCCCCUCCAAAGUCCUCCCCUUGCAUCUGCCUCCCCCUCCUUCCCUCCACCCCAACACACAGUCCCUCCCUCGGUUCUCCUCAUUUGGGUACGUUCCUCUUCCCAUCUCUCCUCCUUCUCUGUCUACUCCUCCUCUGUCCACUUCUCCUCCUCCUGCUCCUCCUCUCUCCACUUCUCAGGAGCCGCAAAGUCAGACAGGUUCACGGACUGCAGAGUUGAGUCCACAAGGUUCUCCCACUUUAGGACAGCAGAGCAGCACCAGUGAAGACAUCUGGGUGCUGCGCAAACCACUGGCAGGUGGCGAGCGCAGUGGCAGCGUUGGCAGCCUCGGCAGCGUUCGGUCGUCCAGCAGCCUGCAGGGCUCUGGGAACACACAUGUCCUGACCACGCCUGCACCCAGCCCACACCCUGCACCCACACCUGGAGUCAACACUCACGGCCUUAACGCUCCAGGCCUGCAUGCACAGGCAGAGGGGGUCAAGCUCCUGGCCACCGUGCUGUCUCAGUCGGUAAAAGCCAAGGAGCAUCUCUUGGAGCAGUCGCAGUCUGUCGAGCAGUCAGCAAGCUCUUCUAGCUGCACAGUUCAUGAACAGCGGUCGUUUGAGCGGAAGGCAGAAGAGGAUGACGGGAAAAAGCAGGCAGUAGUGACGUGGCUGGGUGAGUUUCAGCUGCAGUUCUACACCACCCACUUCCUCACCGCGGGAUAUGAUCUAGACACCAUUAGCCGCAUGACCCCCGAGGACCUGACAGCGAUUGGGGUCAUGAAGCCUGGACAUCGGAAGAAGUUAACGUCAGAGAUCAGCAAGCUUCCCUCCACAGACUGGCUGCCGGAUCACAAGCCUGCCAAUCUGGGAGACUGGCUGUCUCACCUGGGUCUCAGUCAGUACUACCAGGUUCUUGUGCAGAACGGGUACGAAAACAUUGACUUCAUCUCGGAUAUCAGCCUCGAAGAUCUGCAAGAGAUUGGCAUUACUAAGCUCGGCCAUCAGAAGAAGAUCAUGUUGGGGGUGAAGAGACUGAAGGAACUACAGACAAGAGAAAGCGGGUCUGAGCCUCCUCAAAGUCCUUCUACGCCUCCCUCCAGCCCCGGCAGUAGUACCGCCUCAGAGCCCCGGAGGGAGGCGAGGAAGCAGAGGGACGGAGCCCCCAGUCCGCUGGCCAAACCUCGCCCAGGGCUCACACAUUCUCAGACCCCUCCACUCACCCCAACCCAGACCCCACCGCAGACCCCGCCUCAUGGCCGGAUGCAGCAGGCCUCCCCCAGGGCUCGGCCACGCCCCUCCACCAAGAUGUCAGCAGAUCCGUCGGUGCCAUUCCUGCGACUGCCCAGUGAGGAGGAGGAGCGGCGCAGAACUCACAGUCUAAUUGGCUCAGAAUCAGACUCUAGAUACGCCACCGUGUGCCGCAGCAGCUCCGCAAAUACCGCCUCUAAUGAUGUCACCGUUAACCGCAGCCAAUCCUCUGUCACCCUCCGCCCCCGUCGGAAAGGUCGGCCCCCGACUCCACCCAAACGCUCCUGUUCCUCCAUCACUGGAGGUGACGGGGAGGUGGAGGGUCAGGUGGAGGGGCUGCUCGGGCUGCCAACCUAUCGAGAGCGGCGAGCCAGUGACUGCGGCAGCCUGGGAGCAGCCUUAAGAGCUCAGGAAGCAGGUCUGCAGAGGUCAGAGGGAGCUUCUGGGAGCGUUCGCAGCCUCGCAGCCAUGCUGGAAACGUCCAUCGUGGGUGGAGCUAAACCAGUGCAGAGAAGUGUGGGAGGCAGCACCAACUACCUACAGGUGAGCCCACCGCUGCUCCGUCGCCAGGCAGGUGCAGGAGGUCUUGGAUCUGAGGAGGAGGAUGUUCUAAAUCGCCGCAGGACCAUCAGUGGACUCGAAAGUCUCCCCGGCGACCAAGCUGACCAGUUACCUCGGCAACCGGUCCAGCAACGUCCAGAACCCCGGCCUCGCUCCACUGUGGUCACCUCAGCAUCAGAGAUCACUGAUGGCACGGCGACGCUCCGGAGGAAGCCGCGUCCUGCUGCAGCAGAACCCGAGGCACCUGCAUCCAUGGUCACCACUGUUGUCACCAUGACAACUGGCACAGACACCAUACGCAGGAGGCCUCGCGUGUCUGAGCACGCCGAACGUGUCACUCAAAGCAAUAAUCAGUCAGAUUCUGCCAAAAGUCAAAUGGACGGAAGCCGGAAACCUGAAGGCGAGCCGCAGCAGAACGGCGGUGUGGUCCUGAGGCGGAGGCCGGUGUCUGAGGUCUCCGAGAGGACGAAACCAGAAGAGAGCUGUGAGUGGAUGGAAGCGAGGAAGUCUCUGAAGCCGCCAGUCUCACCCAAACCGUCCAGCGUCGCCCUGAGGAAGACUCAAGCCGACCCCCCGACCCCAACUCGUAGGGUCCCCAUACCAGGGCCUGAUGAUGCUGAGACAGCACAGAGCCCCGAGCCAAAGAGGGUUCCUCCUCCUGUAUCACCGAAGCCCCGCGGGCCUCCAACAGCACCUAAACCAGGCAAAGCAAUAGUAGCUUCAGCGACCAUGAGCCCGACUCCUGCUGCUACCAGUCCAGCAGCUGCCACCCCGGCACCCAAACCCUCCUCUCCACUCCCUGCCGCCCCUCUUCCUGCCCCUGACACCCCCUCUGGCCCCUCUCUCUCUCCAGGACUCCCCCUUACCUCUCCUUCUCCGGCCCAGAGCCCCUCCACCCCCUCACCGCACCCCGUCAAACCUCCACGCUCGUCCAUCGCUGGCCUCUCCAUCGACCUGGUGGGAGGACGGGAGGCGGAGGAGGAAGAGGAGAGGAGGCAAGAGAGGGAGCACAAGAGACACAAAGAGGAGGAAGAAGAGGAGAGGAAGCGAGCAGAGGACGGGAGUAUGAAGGGGCUGGAAAAGAAACCAUCCAGAGAGGAGGGAGAGACUGGAGUCGAGGAGGCCGAGCAGGAGGGAGGAUCUCAGCAUCGUCUGGAGGAGACCAGCGCCUCUCUGGCUGCAGCUCUGCAGGCUGUAGAACACAAAAUCAAAGAGGAGGACACACAAAAUGACUCCGUUUCCAGCAAGAAAGCGACAGUCUCCAUCUUGGAUGACAUCGGCAGCAUGUUUGAUGACUUGGCAGACCAACUGGAUGCGAUGCUUGACUGAUCUCCCGCCCACAUCUCAUUUCCAAACCAGCCCUUUCCCUCUUCCCCCAUCAUGUGUAGGUGUGUCAAGAAAACUCUCCCAAGGCUCGACGCUGACGCUCAGAGACUGAGUGUCCAGGGCGCUUCUCAUGUAGCCUUGUACAGUACUGAGGAGGGUGCAGUAGCUCUAGUUCGCCUCCUGACGCGAGGAGGCCGCUCCCACACAACCUCUGACCUCUGCAGCCUCAGGCGGCUGUGUGGACCGAGAAGCACAAUCAUUUUCCUCAUCCUUUUAUCUCUACAGACUCUGGCUAUGACAGACAUGCAGUCAGACAGGGAGACAAACAGAUAAGCACAUUGCUUGAAAAAAAAGAAAGAAAGAAAGAAACAUAAGCACAUUAACUGUCUGACAGGCAGAUAGAUAGCUAGAUAGAUAAACAAGAUACACACUGAUGAGAUACCGGAGAGAAUUUUUAAAAAGCUCACAGAAAGACAGGCCCCUUUCUAAGUCUGUCUCGCUCUCCUGCAACAUUGAAAGGAUGCAUUUUUCCACUCGAAUCGUAGCCUCUCUUUCUCUUCUGUGUGAGUGGAGGAUCGUGGUUCGCUGGACUUCCUGACUUCCUGUGUGUUGUCCCCCCGCCCCCGUUCACGUUGUUGUUGUUGCCGUUGCUGUUAUCGUUGCCGUUGUUGUUGUUACGGGUGUGUGUAGUCCCUGCUGAUGCUCACGUCAAUGUCCUCCCACUCGUACAGUAUUUAUUCUAAUGAUCAGAAAGACGACGUAGAUGUGUGUCCAUGAAUUCUGAGACACAAACACACACACAAACACACACACACACACAAAUGCACAUGACGUUUGGUUUUUACUCUUGCUGGUGUUCUGCUUUGUUGGUGUUUAGCUCCACGUAUGGAGGUUUGCUUGGAAAACAAAUUCACACGACAAACACUGACUGACUCGCACACAUUCACACGCAUAUAUACAAGCACACUCAUGCGGUAUAUCCCCUUGUCCUGCUGCAGUGAACAGUGUUUUUAAAAGAUAAUCCUAUAUUUCAAUGCUUUAUAUAGUACAUCCAGUAUACAUACAUACAUAGAGUUUAUAAUAUACCUGGGUAUUUGAGCUGUUAGAGCUCCCUCUAGUGUUGGUUUAGUGAAACUGCCUCUAAUCUGCCCUCCCUCCAUCUCGUCUCCCCCAUUUUUUUAUCUCCCCCCCGUGUCUGUUUCGUUGACUCUGCAUCUCUCUGUGCCUUCGUAGUGUUCUUCAUAUAUUUGGUUAUUUAUUUUUUGGUUAUCUACUCCAUAUUGUUUAAUGUUUUUUUCCUGGUUCCUUACAAACCCCCUCCUUGUGUGUCUGUGACGUCAAAAGUAGCUUCUAGGUUGAGUUGUGAGUCCUAUAAAAUCCUGUCUGCAACCUCCUGUAGUCACUGAGAGCCUUGUACGAGCCCAUAAACAACCCCUCUCCACCCUGUAAGCUGUAAUAAGUUGGCUCCGCUCAUCCUCGGGUCCCCAGUUCCCAUGUAAGCCAGACAGUGGAUCAGCCGCCAGUGUUCAUCCCAAUGAAGAGUCCACUUGUAUUUUUAUGCUCUUUGAAAACAAAGAUAUAUUUGAGAGACAGAUGGUUCUAUGUGAAUAAUAAUAAUAAUAAUGAUGAUGAUAAUUCUAGACAUUGAAUCGAGGUGAGCUGGUUGAGUCUGUGCAUUUAUGGUUGAGUUCUGGGUGUGUUGUGACGGCUGUUGUGCCAUGGUUGGGUUUAGGUUGUGUUUCUGCUGUGAUGAUGCAUUCCUGUACAGCUGUGAUCAGAAUAAAUGUAUAAAUUAAA